UUAUUCCUCGUUUCAAGACGAAAUUACAUACAUAUACAUAUAGAUAUAUAUCUAUAUAAUUUCUCUCUCUUCCCCCUUCUCUAUCUCCCUUCGAUCCGGUUCACCGUUGAAGCUCUCAAUCAAAACCUUGAAGAAUUUCUUUCUUAUCAACAUUCUCUCUCUAUACACUCUUUCUCUAGGGGCUGGGAUACAACUCACCAUUGAAGUUCUCAUAGAAAAGUUUCAAGAAAUUGCAGAGCUUUUCUGCCUCAGCCAUCUUAUCUAAUCGGGUGUUGAUCAAGAUGACACCUGUUUGCCCUUUUGUCAAAGCUGCUCGACCUGAUGAUUCCUCUCAAAAAAAAUCUGCUGAAAGCCAAAAUAAACACCCAGCUGGGCAUGAAGGCAAGGCUAAACCAGAGUCUGCAGAAUCUGCCAGCAUUUCUCCAAAAUGUCCAGCUGGGCAUGAAGGCAAGGCUAAACCAGAGUCUGCAGAAUCUGCCAGCAUUUCUCCAAAAUGUCCCUUUGGGUAUGAUUCACAAACAUUUAAGCUAGGACCCUUUAGCUGCAUGAUCUGCCGAGCGCUUCUCUUUGAAAGCAGCAAAUGUGUACCUUGUUCCCAUGUAUAUUGCAAGGCAUGUGUAUCACGCUUUAAGGAUUGUCCAUUAUGUGGUGCUGACAUUGAGAAGAUUGAAGCUGAUACAAAUCUUCAAGAUGUAGUUGAUCGAUUCAUUGACGGUCAUGCGAGGAUCAAGAGGUCUCAAGUUAAUACAGACCAAGAGAAUGUAGAAGGUGAGAAGAAAAAAGUGAUAUAUGAGGAUGUGUCUCUGGAGAGAGGUGCUUUCCUGGUCCAGCAGGCUAUGAGGGCAUUUCGUGCACAUAAUAUAGAAAGUGCCAAAUCAAGACUUGGUCUAUGCGCAGAAGACAUUCGAGAACAGUUAGAAAGAAUGGGGAACACAUCAGAGUUGUGUUCUCAGCUAGGUGCAGUUUUGGGUAUGCUUGGUGAUUGCUGUCGAGCCAUGGGAGAUGCUGGUUCUGCAGUCUCUUAUUUCGAAGAGAGUGCCAAUUUCCUUCUGAAAGUGCCAACAGAUGAUUUGGAGAUCACGCAUACACUUUCUGUUUCACUUAACAAAAUCGGAGAUCUCAAAUAUUAUGAUGGAGACCUGCAAGCUGCAAGAUCUUACUAUUUUCGGUCUUUAGAUGUCCGUCGCGAUGCCAUCAAGCAACAUCCUAAUGCUUCAUCCCAGAUUCUAGAUGUGGCUGUUUCUCUUGCAAAAGUUGCUGAUGUGGAUAGGAAUCUUGAACAUGAGGAUUUGGCAACUGAUGGAUUUCAAGAAGCAAUAAAGUUGUUGGAAUCUUUGAAAUUAAAUUCUGAAGAAGUCGAUCUUGAACAACGGCGCCUUUCUGUGCUGGAGUUCCUUAAUAAGCAGCUCGCGGAGAAGCAACCUGAGUCAACACCCUGAGGUCAUGUUUCUUCCAAAACAGAGAAAAUGAUCAAGUAUAAUAAACAACCCUGUUUGUGUAUCCCUUUGGGCUUAAAUGUGCAUUAAUCACAAGGUUAUUUUGUUGAAAGCGAUUUCCUCAAAACAAGCGUCAUGUGUACAUGGGUUGAGAGUAAGUUAUAGGUGCUAAUUUCCACAUCUUCUCUAUCGAAUGCACCUCUAGCCAAGUCCUCAUUGACUCGGUGUUGCCAGUCGCCACACUACAUCUGCAUGUUAUAGAAGUGAUAAAAGAACCAAUGUCUUUGUCCUCCACAGUCAUCGUUGUUGUCUGCUCCACAGAACUAUACUACACCUUUUUGGUACUAUUAUGUUGUACUCCUUGAUGGGAUACAAGAUCAAUGUAUUCUCUUUUUCAUUUUAAUUUAGAGUAGCUAUAUAUUGUGAAUGGUCAAUUAAAUGUAUGAAGAAUGGCUGCUGCUUUUUUAUCAA